AUGGGACUACCUGCCCUGGAGUUCAGCGACUGCUACCUGGACAGCCCGCUGUUCAGAGAGAGGCUCAAGUCCCACGAGCUGGAGCUGGACAAGACCAACAAGUUCAUCAAAGAGCUGAUUAAGGAUGGGAAGGCGCUGAUCCAGGCUCUGAAAAAUCUGUCCACGGCCAAGAGGAAGUUUGCUGAAUCUCUGAACGAGUUUAAGUUCCAGUGUAUUGGCGAUGCGGAGACGGAUGAUGAGAUAUGCAUAGCCAAGUCUCUUCAGGAGUUUGCAGGAGUCCUACAGAACCUGGAGGAUGAAAGGACGCGGAUGAUCGAGAAUGCCAACGAUGUGUUGAUCAUGCCUCUGGAGCGGUUCAGGAAAGAGCAGAUCAGUGCAGCCAAGGAAGCCAAGAAAAAAUAUGACAAAGAGACGGAGAAGUACUGUGCCGUACUGGAGAAGCACCUUAGCCUUUCAGCAAAGAAAAAAGAGUCGCAUCUACAUGAGGCGGACAGCCAGGUAGAUAAUGUACGGCAGCAUUUCUACGAGGUUUCUCUGGAGUACGUCUUCAAAGUGCAGGAGGUCCAAGAAAGGAAGAUGUUUGACUUUGUCGAGCCACUCCUGGCGUUCCUCCAAGGCCUCUUCACCUACUAUCAUCACGGCUAUGAGCUGGCAAAAGACUUCAACCACUUCAAGACCGACCUCACCAUCAGUAUACAGAAUACGAGGAACCGGUUUGAGAGCACACGGUCGGAGGUGGAGAGCCUGAUGAGGAAGAUGAAGGAGAAUCCUCAUGAACACAAGAGUGUCAGCCAGCACACCAUGGAGGGAUACCUCUUUGUGCAGGAGAAACGCUCGUUUGUAUCUUCCUGGGUGAAGUACUACUGCACAUACCACCGGGAGCCCAAGAGGGUCACCAUGGUCCUGUUUGACCAGAAAUCAGGAGGAAAAGUGGGAGAAGAGGAGAGCUUCAUCCUCAAGUCAUGCACCAGGAGGAAGACAGACUCCAUAGAGAAGAGGUUUUGUUUUGAUGUGGAGGCUGUGGACAGGCCAGGGGUGAUCACCAUGCAGGCUCUGUCAGAGGAAGACCGCAGGUUGUGGAUGGAAGCCAUGGAUGGGAGAGAGCCGGUAUACAACCUGAACAAAGACAACCAGGCUGAAGGCAUGGCCCAGUUGGAUGUUAUUGGGUUCAAUGUGGUAAAGAAGUUCAUCUAUGCAGUGGAGACCCGAGGUAUUGAUGAGCAGGGCUUGUACAGAAUUGUCGGUGUCAAUUCCAGAGUACAAAAACUUUUGGGCCUUGCAAUGGAUCCGAAGACGUGUGCUGACGUGGAGCUGGACAGCCCAGAGUGGGAGAUUAAGACUAUUACCAGUGCUAUCAAGCACUACCUCAGAAUGCUGCCUGCUCCUCUCAUGACUUACCAGUAUCAGAGGAGCUUCAUCAAAGCUGCCAAGCUAGACAACCCAGAGGCCAGGGUGACAGAAAUCCAUGCUAUUGUGCAUCGGCUGCCUGAGAAGAACAGACAGAUGCUGGAGCUGCUGACUAAACACCUGGCCAAUGUGGCCAGUCACCACCAGCAGAACCUGAUGACUGUGGCCAAUCUGGGCGUGGUCUUUGGUCCAACCUUGCUCCGCCCACAGGAAGAGACAGUGGCAGCCAUCAUGGACAUCAAGUUUCAAAACAUUGUAGUGGAGAUCCUCAUAGAGAACCAUGAGAGGAUAUUCAAGGAUAUGCCAAGUUGUGUGGCAGGUUCGACCAACCUGCAGCUCAACCUGUCCAGGAGGAGGAGCACAGAGAGUAAAGCCCCGUCCUGCAGCGAGAGGCCUCUUACACUCUUCCACACUCCCACACACUCCCAGAAAGGUGAGAAGAGGAACAGCGUGGUGAACUCCACAGCCAGUGAGCUCCAGCCGGUCUCCUCCACUUCCAAUUGUAACAGCAGCAGCAGCAGCAGCAACAGCAGCCAGGGGCGAACCCCGAGGCACAGCCUGACUAGCAACGACGGCGAGCAGGAGGCCAGGCAGAGCCGACCCAGCUCGCUGUUGAACCCAAAGACUCGUGGCAGCAUCCCAACCAGUGCGACGUCCCCCAGCCCCACCUCACCACGUUCCCCCUCGUGGCCGAUGUUCUCGGCUCCCUCCAGCCCCCAGCCGACCUCCUCCACCUCCAGCGACUCCUCCCUCGUCAGUAUUGUGGGGAAGAAGGCCCGAGCACUGUACGCCUGCAAGGCGGAGCAUGACUCGGAGCUGUCCUUCAUCGCUGGGACCAUCUUUGAAAACGUUCAUCCCUCCAGGGAGCCUGGCUGGCUAGAAGGGACUCUGGACGGCCGGACGGGGCUGAUACCAGAAAACUAUGUGGAGUUUGUAUAGCCCCCGGGGCCUGGAAAGACCCGGACUGAACUCCACUCCACUGGAUUGGAGUGGACCAAACUGGACGGGAGUCUUGACUGAAUAGGGAGCGGACGGGCUCCAUGAGACUGGGACUCGACGAGACUGGGAUUUGAAACUGGACCAAGCAGUACUAUAUUAGAUCGAUAUGACAUAGUGGACUGGGGUGAGACCACUGAGUUGCACUGGAAAGUAAAAAAAAAAAAAAAAAGAAAAAAGAAAGAAAAAAAAGACAAGGCCCCCUGCGGUUCUAGCUGUUGUUGGAUUGUAGUGUGAAGCUGAAAAGAAAGGCUUCCUGGUCCCGGAGAGGAUGAUGUGGUAAUGAAUCUGGAAUGUGUGUCUGCAUGUGUGUGUGUGUGUGUGUGUUUGUGCGGUUGCAUGUGGGUGAAUGUUUGUGGGGGUGAGAGAGAGUGUGUGUGUGUGAGAGAAAGACAGACACAGAGAGAAAGAGAGCAGUAGAGGAGAGGGAGAGACAAACAACUUGUAGAAAUGAGCUGAGCUGUGCGGCUCACAAUUUUUAUUUUCAGUCAUUGCUUUUUAAUUUUAUUUUAAUUUUGUUAUUUUUUAAAUGCACUGCCACUGCUUUGAGCAUCCCUUCUUUCUCGACUCCAAAUGUUAAAAAAAAAAAAAAAAAAGAUGUUCCAGUGUUUUUUGGAAAGGGGAUGAGGACAGGAAACAUAAAAAGCAAGUGGCCUUAAAGUUUGGACUACAAACUUGCUAUUUCACCUCCAGACCGUCUGCUGUUUGAAUGAUUGGCGAUCACAUCAGGGAAGAGUUGGCUCUCUUAAAGCUGACUUAAACGACUGGGUUUGGUUUUAUGGCUGUAAAUGCAUUUGUGAGCACUUGCUGCUUCGCUGUGACAGCCUGGUAAUUCCCUGGGACAAGACUCAACCUGGCUAAUGUUUCAGGACUGCAGCAGCAGCAGCAGCAGGAGCCUCAGGCUAGAUCAGAACAGGGUGAGGUUGCCUCAAAACAAUCCUCCAAAAGGUCAGCAAUGGGUUCUGCUUUUUUUUUUUCCCUCAAAAUCCACCCCUUCAGAGACCUCACAAAAAAAUGUGAAAAAUUUCAAACAAGCUCUGCAAGCAAAUCAGAGGUUUACAAUGAAGCACAGGAGCACUGACACACACUGAUUGGUGCUCGCUGGUGAAAACAGGCCCAGCUGUGGAUCCCUGCCCCGCUUCCCCGCCAGCUCACACACUUUUUGUUUGGGAUUGUUACUCCAACAUCGCCUUUAGUUUCUUUUACAUGAUUUCAGUCCACUUGCUCCUCAUCGUUCCGAAAAUCCCCAUAAAACCUAAAUGUUGUAGUUCAUUCAUUCAUUUUCCAGAUCCUGUUAUUUGUAAUGAGGGCGGUGGGUUGCAUGCAUCGGGCAGAGGCUGGAGCCGGUUGUGUUUCCUCCGUCACGAGCGAUCAGUCCAGUUCUUUCAAGUUCUUUCAGCUUUGCAGCACCAACACCCCAAAUGGAUGAUCCUUUUUUAAUUUUUAACCCGGGUCUCAUUUUUUCUAUUUUUUACCAUCAUGUUGAUGAAUUUUAAUCAGAUUUCAUCACCUCCUUUCAUCAGUUACUUCACUGAGGAGAUCAUUUAAUCUUCAGCGGGAUGGAGCGAGUGAUCAAAUGAAGUCAUUUUCAAAACGAAAUAUGACCCAUACUUCUCGGAGUCGUGUACACCGUCAUCUGCUUCUUCCUGCCACCCUCCUACCCUUCAUCUUCACAAAGUGAGGCAGAGGCCACCCGCAGUAAUGAUGUGAAUAGUAUGACUGCCUGGACUGGACUGACAUUGACUUUUGGAGUGGGGUGUUUUAGUGCCAAGGGCAUGAUUGAAAACAUGAAUGAAAACACAGCCCCAGCUUUCAAAGAGGACGCCUGAAAAAGAAACAGAUCUGUGACGAGGGAUUAAUCAAGGGAUGACGUUAGACUAAAAUAGACUUUUCAAUGCAAAGCUGUUCCUGGAAUUCAUAAAUUAAGACCUUAGGGAGUUACUGAUUACAUAUGUAAAUUGAUAGGCACUUUGAUAACAUGAAAAGUGAAUAAAAGCCUCCAUUAGGCAAAAGUUCACUCCAGAUUUUUUUAAUUACAUGAGUACUGAAUUUCAAAGAUGUAUUUUUAAGCUGGUUCCAAUGAAUGUCCUCAUAUCUUCUUGAGUCAAAGCUGAAUAUAUAUAUAUAUACUUUUUUUUUUUUUUUUUUUUUUUUUAAUCUACUUUGUGAACAUCUAUCAGCUUACCUGGAAACAAGUUUCCCUUGACAUUUGUUCUUUCACUUUGGACAUAAUAUUGAAUGACAAUUUUAGCAUUUUAACAGGUAAAUCAAAUGGGAGAGGCAAAAAAAAGAUAUUUUAAAUGUGAAACUAGACUACUUUGUUCAUAUGUAAACCUCUUAUUUAUGAGACUCUCAAAGGCGCAAUUCUGAACUGUUUUCUUUUUGGGGUGUAUUGUUGACAUUGUAAAUAAAUACACAACAUUUGAUAAUGUAUAAUUUUUUUUAAGUGUGAAAUUUUAUAUUUUGUAUUUUGAGCAUACUAACUUAAUUCUGUAGCAUCUCAGUUGCCCAAAUUUUUGUAUCAUUUACGUCUAUUUACAGCCUUAAAUAUUCUCUCGUAUUUCUUGGUGAAUUUACAAGGUUGUGCAGAAUUAAAGAUCGAUGUUGAACAGCGA